CGGAGCGCAGGCGCAGCCGUCGGGUCGGGGCUCGGUCGCCGGAGAGCCCGCACCUCUGGGGCCUCAUGCUCUCGGCCUUGGAACCCACAGACGGUGGAAGCGCCCGGCGUCCCGUGACCCCAUCUCGAGAUGGACAACAAGAAGCGCCUGGCUUACGCCAUCAUCCAGUUCCUGCAUGAGCAGCUGCGGCACGGCGGGCUCUCUUCGGACGCGCAGGAGAGCCUAGAAGUCGCCAUCCAGUGUCUGGAGACGGCUUUCGGGGUAUCGUUGGAAGACAGCGACCUGGCUCUCCCCCAGACGCUACCAGAGAUCUUUGAGGCGGCUGCCAGUGGCAAGGAGCCUCCACCUGACCUGAGGAGCCCAGAGCGGACCCCACCAUCAGAGGAAGACUCUGCCGAGGCCGAGCGCCUUAAAACCGAAGGGAACGAACAGAUGAAGGUGGAAAACUUCGAGGCCGCCGUGCACUUCUACGGCAAAGCCAUCGAGCUGAACCCGGCCAACGCCGUCUACUUCUGCAACAGAGCCGCGGCCUACAGCAAGCUGGGCAACUACACGGGCGCCGUGCGGGACUGUGAACGCGCCAUCUGCAUUGACCCGUGCUACAGCAAGGCCUACGGGCGCAUGGGCCUGGCGCUGUCGAGCUUGAGCAAGCACGCGGAGGCCGUGGCCUACUACAAGAAGGCGUUGGAGCUGGACCCCGACAACGAGACCUACAAGUCCAACCUCAGAAUCGCUGAGCAGAAGCUGCGGGAGGCCCCGAGCCCGACGGGCGGCACGGGCAGCUUCGACAUCGCCGGCCUGCUUAGCAACCCCAGCUUCAUCAGCAUGGCCUCCAACAUGAUGAACAACCCGCAGCUGCAGCAGCUAAUGUCUGGCAUGAUCUCAGGCGCUCACAACCCUCUGGGUACCCCUGGCACCAGCCCCUCACAGAAUGACCUGGCCAGCCUCAUCCAGGCGGGCCAGCAGUUCGCACAGCAGAUGCAGCAGCAGAACCCCGAGUUCAUCGAGCAGCUGCGCAGGGAGAUGCGCAGCCGGACGCCCAGCGCCAACGAGGAGCAGCAGGAGUGAGCCCCGGCCCGGCAGCCGUCCCUGGCCGGCAGCAAGCCGCGUGUCUGCCAUCUGCCCCCUCCCCACCCCCACGUUGGACUGCCGGAGAGCAAAGAACAGGAAACUGGACCCGCAUGUCCCUGUCGGGAUGGAUGGUCCCCGCCCCUUCCCCUUUUGUACUCACGCGCCCAGCUCCUCCCCAAAGAGCCAGCAAGGUGUCUGCAGCACCGCCCCCUCGGGCCCAGCACCCAGCACCCUGGGCGCCACCUGUGGCUGCGGACCCCAGGCCCUGUCCUGUCUGUCCAACUCCCACCCUGUGUGUCUCUAAGUUCCGCCCUAUCUAAGUCCCACCCCAUCCAUGUCAGCCUCACCCUCAUGUUUCCAAGCCCCACUCUGCCAUGGCCCUGGGCCGUCCAGCGGGCCUCCCUGCCAGUGGGUCAGGAAGUGGCCUCUGGGCUGGCUGAGCGGGAACAGGCGCCCGCCUCUCCCACCUCCCCUCACAGUCCUCACGGCAGCGACUGGCACGUGGUGACCUUGGGCCCUUGGCCUGUGUGUCCCACAGACGUGCUCAGCACCACCCACCUCCCCUGGGGCAGGGUGUGGACACUGCCCAGGGUUGUGGGCAGCCAGUCCGGAGGGGUGCAGCCGCCCGCCUGCAGCCCCUGGCGUGGGCGACGGGCACUGUGUGCACCCCUGCAGAAUAAACACAUCGUGACCUCUG